GAGAGAGCGGGGGUCGGUCGGGGUCUCUGUUCUGACGCGCGCAGGAUGAAGCGGCAGAACGCCAGGACCCUCGCGCUCAUCGUCAGCAUCCUGACCUACCUGGUGGUCGGCGCCGCCGUGUUCGACACGCUCGAGUCCCGCCACGAGAGGAGCCAGAAGCGGCGGCUGGACGCCCGGAGAAACGAGCUCCUCCGCCGGUUCAACCUGAGCCGGGCGAACUUCGAGGAGCUCGAGCUCGUGGUGCUGCAGCUGAAGCCCCACAAGGCGGGUGUGCAGUGGAAGUUCGCGGGCUCCUUUUAUUUCGCCAUCACUGUGAUCACGACCAUAGGCUACGGUCACGCGGCCCCCAGCACCGACUCGGGGAAGGUAUUCUGCAUGUUCUACGCCCUGCUGGGCAUCCCCCUGACGCUGGUCAUGUUCCAGAGCCUGGGCGAGCGCAUCAACACGCUGGUGCGUCACCUGCUGCACCGCGUCAAGCUCCGCCUCCGCCCGCCGGACCGCGCCCGCGUCUCCAUGGCCAACAUGGUGGCGGUGGGCUUCGUCUCCUGCCUGGGCACGCUCUGCCUGGGCGCCGCCGCCUUCUCCCGCAGCGAGGGCUGGAGCUUCCUGCACGCCUUCUACUACUGCUUCAUCACGCUGACCACCAUCGGCUUCGGCGACUACGUGGCGCUGCAGAAGGACCAGGCGCUGCAGAACCACCCGCGCUACGUGGCCUUCUGCUUCGUCUACAUCCUGCUGGGGCUGACGGUGGUGGGCGCCUUCCUCAACCUGGUGGUCCUCCGCUUCCUCACCAUGAACAGCGAGGACGAGCGGCGGGACGCGCAGCGGCGGCGCCACGAUGCCCGGCACCGCGAUGCCCGGCUGGCCGGGCCGCGGGGAGAGCUGGCGCAGCUCGUGCCCUCGCCCGCGAACGCUAACGCCGCUGGCCUGGCGCGGGCCCCGCCCCCGCGCCGCCGCCGCCGCCGCGGCUACACGGAGGUCCUCCACUUCCAGACCAUCUGCUCGUGCCUGUGGUACCGCGGCGACCGGCGCCCGCGCAGUCUGGGGCCGGGGCCCGCGUCCCCCGGCGACGACCUGUCCUUCUCCGACCCCUACCUCAAGGCCGACCGGCGCCCGCCGCCGCGGAUCCGCCCAGACCCGUGCUCCGCGGGUUACCUUGGUUACCCGGGGUAUCCGGCGUACCCCGACCCGGAGGCGGACACGGCGGGGUGCGUGUGCGGCCCCCGGCACUGCGCCACGGUCGGCUCCGUUGCCGCCGGGGGGCUCCACAUGUUCUCGCCCUUCAGGGGGUGUCAGCGACGCAGCUCGGUGUAGGACGGACGGACGGACGGACGGACGGCGGGACCGGGAGCGUUACCCGGGGUCCGACAGACGGGCCCUGCCCACCGCUCAGC